AUGAUUGGCCUAGAAGCUUCUCGGGUACGAGACUGGAAACGGCCGGCUGAAAUCACGAAAGACGAACUACAAGGCGAUCGAUAUGAUAUUCAAGGCAUCAAUUGGGAGGAACUCGAUACAACGAGGGAAAAAGCUAGGGCAGCAAGGCUGAGGCUGUCGACUCGGAAGGCCACUCCACCACCACCGCUACCCAGUUCCGAGAACUACUUCCGCUUUCGCAAAAUGAAUACAACACACCGAAUCUCCGUAGCACAUUUCCAGCUCCGGAACCUAAUAGCAGCAAUCUCGAGGAGCGACAUAUUUUAUGCCAGCAAAUCAAAAGUCAUGCACACCGAUGCAUCAGGCCAAAUGAAUAAGUGCGCAAUGGAAUUGACUAAGCCAAUGGGAGAUUCUAUGCACCCGUCUUCAUUCAGCAUCACCACUCUGACGGCUUCCGAUGAAGUCCUGAUCGCUGGUGGCUUUUACGGCGAAUACGCACUAACUAAUCUCCGAUCAGAAGUAGGAGAACCACACGUCCAAGGCUACGUAACACACGAGUUCAACGGCAUCACCAACCAUGCUCACACCUUCGACUCUCGUAGCAGCGGCCUACCCCAAGGCGUGUUCUGCUCCAACGACCACUGCCUCCGUAUCCUCGAUUGCACCACCAACACCUUCACCCACGAGUUCCGCUACAAGCAAGCCAUCAACUGCUCCGCUACGUCCCCCAACGGCCGCAUGCGUGUAAUAGUUGGUGACUUCGACAAAGCCCUCAUCACCGACGCCGAAACUGGCAGGCCCUUCGAACACCUCCCCUCCCAUACCGAUCACGUCUUCGCCUGCGCCUGGGCCGACGACGGCAUCCACGUGGCCACUGGCUCACAGGACCACAAGAUCGUCGUCUGGGACGCUCGCAGAUGGGACACCCCUCUCGCUACUUUCGCCUCCGUCAUGUCUUGCCCGCGCUCACUCCGCUUCUCGCCGGUCGGAGGUGGCCGUCGCGUUCUCUUCGCCGCGGAAGCCGAAGACAUCGUCUCGGUCUUCGACGCAUAUGACUUCGACAAACGUCAAGUCCUCGACUUCUAUGGCGCCACGGCCGGCAUCAGCGUCACGCCAGACGGGCAGAGCCUGUUUGUCGCGAACGGCGACGGCAAGUUUGGCGGUCUCAUGGAAUUCGAGCGGUGCCAGUUUGCGGAGCCGUGGGGGCUUGGGGAGCCGCGGAGGUCGUGGAAGGGGCAUCGGAUACGGGAGGAGCGUUUUCCAAGGGGCGCGUGGGAGUGGAUGGCCACCGAGGAUCUCGAUGAUGACCCGAGGGUCGUCGGUAGCAGGAAGGCGAGGGAGAGAAGGGGGUUGGGACUGGAGAAGUUGUAUGUUUGA